AGAAGCUAAGGGUGUAUACUAGCCUAGCAGCGUAGGCAGCCGCAGGACUGUUCUCCUCGUCUCAUCUGAAGUCCGUUCCGCCGCCUUCGCCUCCGCCUCCGGUUGCUGCUCGCCGGCGAAUUUCCAGAAUCGUAUCCUCGUGCGCGCAAACCAUAGGUACCGUUGCCCGCAGAGCAGGCCUUCCCUACCCUCUAAGGCUGCAUUACCUCUACGAAAUGCCAUGGCCUUCCUAGCAUCCUAGCUAGGGUUUGCUCUGCCUCCCGCUCUCGCCGUCGCCGAUGUUCGAGGAGAUGGCCUCCGAUUCCAGCAUGGGCACGGGGAUGGGCUUCCACCAGGGUGCCUCCUCCUUGCACCACCUCCAUCACCACCACCAUAACAUGCUCUCCUUCCAAUCCAAUCCCGACUCCGCCCCCGCUCCUCCCGUCUUCCUCCCCUCCCCCAACGCUCCCGUGCUCCAGGGGGCGCCGCCCAACUACAAGUUCGUCACCGGCUCACCCUCCGACUGGACCCCCUACGAGCUCUCCAUAUUCCAGGAGGGCCUCGCCAGGUAUGCUCGUGAGCCCACCAUUAUGAAAUACAUCAAGAUUGCUGCUAUGCUGCCCACUAAAACCAUCAGGGACGUCGCACUAAGAUGCCGGUGGACUGCUGGAAAGGAGAGUAGGAGGAGGAAACCUGAUGAAUUCUAUGCUGGGAAAAGGAUAAGGGACUUGAAGGAGAAAAUGGUUCCUUCUACCUCACUAGCUAAUUUUCAGAUGGCACUUCCGAAUAGUUUAGUCCCAUUUUCGACGUCGAUGCAUCAUCCAGGUCAGAAUAGCCUGGCUACAAAUGAAGCAGUCCCCGUUUUAGAUAAUGCAACUCAGCAUCUUCUGGAGGAAAAUAUCCAGUUACUCAAUCAGAUCUCUGCAAAUAUUGGAACUUUCAAGCUGGGGGAGAACAUGGAUCUCUUUCUACGUACGAAUAACAAUAUUCAAACAAUUUUGAAAAGAAUGAGUGAGACGCCUGGUGUCAUGGGUCAGAUGCGUGCCUUGCCAGAACCUGUAAAUGAAGGCCAACUAAAUUCACUUCUUCAGCUAGAUAGAGUGGUUGCCUCUUAUGGUGAUAUGCUACAUAAUACUCGUAUGAAGGACGAGGCACGAAGUUAAUGUAAGAUAAAUUGGGAGCGAUGAGACGUAACCAUCCUGUAGCGAAAAAAGAUGACAUGAGCUUUUGCCUGAUCUGUACAAAUGCCACGAAGAAGACCUACAAUGUAGAAUUAGAUGUUAUACUGACCAAGGCGGCAUGAAAUAAGAAAUGGUGCCUUCGAGGAAUGUGUUGUUUCCUUUUUUGGUGCGAGCUAAUUGCUUUGGCCGCUGGCUGUCGAUCCUUGAUUCUUGGGAAAGUGAAGGGAAUGUAAAAUGGGACGAGGUGAGGGUGUGGUUUAUCAUCCUUUUGUGUUGUAUUGGGGGCUGACUUGAUUCAGAUGGCUGUAAAUAUCGGGUGUGGUCGCCCCAUGAGACGUUUUACUUGUCUGAUGAUGAUGCUCGAACGAGAAAACAUCAUGCUACUGUUCUUAUCGUACAACUAUUGAUUCUUAAGUUUGGCUUA